AUGGCAACCCUUCAAGCUUCAAGUUUUUUGUGUGCUUCUGGUUCUAUUUCCUCCGGCCAGAACCAAAGAAGGAGAAUUGCAGCCCCUACCAAUCUGCCAAAACUCCGGACAAGUACUCUCUCUCUGCCAAACCUACCAACUAUCAGAGGUUUGGUGGAGGAACUGGACUUGAAAAGUGGUAAUUACACUACUACCACCACGACUAAAAUUGAAAAACACUCGAAUUCGCCUAAGAUUAGGCCUCAAGCCAAUGAUUCUGAUCCCAUCGUGAUUGCAAAGCUAUAUGCAAUAAUGGAGGCUGUUGCAGAUAGAGUAGAGAUACACAAGAACAUUGGAGAGCAAAGAAACAAUUGGAACAGCCUGCUUUUAACAUCCAUCAAUGCAAUCACUCUUGCCGCUGCAAUCAUGACUGGAAUUGCAGCUACAAGAGCUCUCGGUGCUCCUAUAAUGGCAGUCAAGCUCGCUUCUACUAUAAUGUAUUUGUCAGCAACAGGGAUCCUAUGGAUUAUGAACAAAAUUCAACCAUCCCAACUUGUUGAAGAACAACAAAACGCUGCAAGGUUGUUUAAGCAGCUUCAUGGACAAAUUCAAACACUUGUAACAAUUGGUAGUCCUACGGGCAGUGAUGUGAAGGAAGCAAUGGAGAAAGUUGUGGCUCUUGACAGGGCCUACCCUCUUCCUCUAAUUGGCGUGAUGCUCGAAAAAUUCCCAUCUACAGUGGAGCCAGCAGUAUGGUGGCCUAAACAACUAGGACAAAAAAUGAAAGAGAAUAGUGGGAAAAUGGAUUGGAAUGGUUGGAAUGGAAAGUUGGAAGAUGAAAUGAGAGAGCUAAUGGGGAUAGUGGAGAGGAAGGACAAAGCAAACUACUUGAAAGUGGGCGAAAAAUUAGUGAAACUUAACAAAAAACUGGCCUUAACUGGUCCAAUACUAACAGGUCUAGCAGCAGUUGGGUCUGCUUUUACAGGAUCUUCUUCACUUGGUGCUUGGGCCGCGGUUCUUGGUGUCGUUGGUGGCGCUUUGGCAAGUAUAGUGAACACAUUCGAGCAUGGCGGGCAAGUUGGGAUGGUUUUCGAGAUGUACAGGAGCAAUGCUGGUUUCUUUAGUCUCAUGGAGGAGUCCAUAGAGUCAAAUUUGAAUGAAAGUGAUGUGAGUAGGAGAGAGAAUGGGGAAUUGUUUGAAAUGAAGGUGGCUUUACAGUUGGGAAGGAGCCUCUCAGAGCUAAGGGACCUUGCAAGUUCAUCAUCAAGAAAAGGAGAUGAAAAAUCGGCAAGCAAGAUUUUCUGA